ACAAUAAUAAUACAAACUCUCCUUGUCGCGCAGUAUUUUCUCCCUUCCUACUUGCCUCUACUUCUUGCCUGUUGAUCUCUCCGUCUGUCUCGAAAGAAGGACUUCGGCAGAGGCGACGCUUUACAGCAUCGGUGAAUGACAGAAGAUUGCGCAUAUUACUAAAGUGGUGAUUGAGGGGCUGUCAAGAAUCCGAACACAUAUUCAUCGCCUGUCCCUGCAUGUUCCUGCGCGCGAAGAUUCCUAGCGUUGAAUCAAGUCUCUGAACACAAUCCUCAAAAUGUCGUCCAUGCGACGCAGCCAGGCCGUGGCCCUCACUGUUGGCAUUCUCAUGAUCUACUUCCUCUUCUUUUCAGGCUCUGGUACGAGCACAGACUUCCGCAAAACCACCGAAGCCUCCUUAUCGCGCCGUCGGGGCAUCUUGAGAGGCGCGCUCUCGGACAAAGAAUUGACUGCGCAAACGAAUCGCGAGUUGCAGAUGAUCCUGGACAAGCAGAAGGAACAACGACAACGGGAGGAAGACCAAAGGAUAUUUGACGCAUCGCCCGUUCAAGGCAAUCACCCAUAUACCUCGACCAUCAGUUUUGACGACGACGAGGUCAGCAUUGGCGGGAGGAAGACCAUGCUGAAAGAGAAGCCGAAAUACCCUGUUGAUACAGCCAAAGCUGCAGGCGCUACGGAUGUCACUGCGGAUGGAAAGGGUGAGGAAACCGCGUAUAACGGCAACAAGGUCGAAAAAGCAAAGGACGACGGAGAGGAUAUGGCACGGCAAGAACUCCAAAGUAUCUUGAAGAAGAGUCCGAUUAUCAUAUUCUCCAAAUCCUACUGUCCCUAUUCAAAACGGGCCAAAGCUCUCCUUUUGGAGACGUACAACAUCACGCCAGCCCCUUACGUGGUGGAACUCGACCUUAUGACCACUCCCGUUCCCAAGUCUCACGAUGCUGAUGAAGAUGACGAUGGGCCAGCUCCCACGCUAGGCCGCAAGUUACAAGACCUCUUGGCCACACUGACGGGUCGACGGACCGUGCCAAAUAUCAUGAUCAACGCGCAAAGUCUAGGCGGGAGCGAUGACGUUGCUAAAAUGCAUAUGGAGGGCACACUGGAGGACGAGAUCAGAAAGAUGGGCGGAAAGAGGAUAGUCAGCAUCGAAAAGAAGCACAAAGACGGGGAAUGAUGGACAAGGGGAGCUGUGAUGUUUUGAUGAAGUCCGGAAACGAUUUUGCGCAUCCAAGAGGCACUAACUGUCCAUUUCCUGCGAAGCCCUUGGUGCCACCCCUAUCCCUGUGCGAUCAUGUCGUGUCACAUCUGUCAAUGGGUUGUGACACUCGAGCAGCUCAUGGUCUCAGAUGACAGCUGAGAAGAUGGUGCCGCAACGCCAGCGAGCUGUGCCCCCAGAAAUCGCAGCACAGAAAUUCUGCUCCACAGUAUGCACUGUUUCCAGUCUGCCAGGAUUGCAAGGGCAGGAGCCCAACAUCCUCAAGCUGGCGCAUGACGCAACGACGCAACGCAGACGAGAUGGCAGGUUCUUCCUAUAUGUCAAAGUCAUAGCCCUCGUUGCCGAGCGAGGCAGUGACGGCAGACUUUUGUCAUCGAAGCGCGAAUCGAGCGACCCGCGAGAUUGUGUGAGCUUCUACGAUUAGCAGGACGCGCAAGUCCAGGGAGGUAGCAACCCUGGCAAGGAAACACAAAGAAAAGGCUUCAGACAGCUGAGCGGAGAGAAUCUAUGGGCUUUUGGAGCUUUUGCUCUUCGAGAGUCUAGCUGCCCCAGCAGAAGACUCGCUACAUCCUCGAUUGAACCACAGUAUCCCUGGGUUUCAGCCUGGCCAAAGGCCGUCUCAACGAAGGAUUCGGGGCGACAAAGGUCGACACAAGUACUCUGCUUGGACACUGGUCCGUCAUCAAGCACAAACAUGGGCCAUUGCGCGGGCUACAAAGGGUGCCGAUGACAUGAGCAUGGUAGGCACUGGUAUUAUACGACAUGAUUACUUACGAGGAUAUCGAUGAAAUUACCCAAACUACCAAGCAACGUUUCUGUUCAAGACUUUCUUUAACGCAGCCCGGCGAGCGGGAUGCAAUAGUACUAUUCAUAAGCACCUAACAAGUACAUAUGUAGGUCUGUCAAGAUAUUGUCAG